AUGAAAACUGGUCCCUCUCCAGGACACAGGAAGAGAGACCAGAGGCCUGGGCUUUGGGUACCGCCUGCCUUGCUGAUCUGGCCAGCUCUGGGCCCCUUCCUCUUCUUCCUCCCCACAGCUGGUGGCUCCGAGGCUGCACAGGUGCCAGUUCCAGAGCUCCAGCUAGUCAAUGGGCGCAGCCGUUGCCAAGGACGUGUGGAGAUCUUCUACAACAACGCUUGGGGCACCGUGUGUGAUGACGACUGGGACAUUGUGGAUGCCAAUGUGGUUUGCCGCCAGCUCGGUUGUGGCCAUGCCAUAGCCAUGCCACCCACGCUCUUCUUUGGCCCGGGGCGCGGUCCCAUCUUCCUAGACAAUGUGGACUGCAAAGGGAGAGAGGUGGCCCUCAGUGAGUGCAGCAGCCAUGGAUGGGGCAUCCACAACUGUUACCACUACGAGGAUGUUGCUGUCACAUGUAACGAGCUCUUGCCCACCCAAGCAUCAAGGGGACCAGGCGGCAGAACAGCCACGGCCUCAUUACAGAAUGGGGGAAGCAACGGUAGCCUCCGACUGGUGGGCGGAGCCAAUUCCUGCCAAGGCCGAGUGGAGGUAUUCUACAAAGGGAACUGGGGGACGGUGUGUGAUGACGACUGGGGGCUGAGCGAUGCGGGCGUGGUGUGCAAGCAGACGGGCUGCGGGCGUGCUGUGGAGUACAAGACCAACGGCUACUUCGGCUAUGGCACGGGGCGCAUUCUCCUAGACAAUGUGAAUUGCGAGGGGAGCGAGCCACACCUCUCGGCCUGUUUCAGCCUUGGCUGGGGCAUCCAUAACUGUGGGCACCAUGAGGACGCUGGCGUCAUCUGUGCUGGGCUCAGGACAACGACUGCCACGGCUGUCACCACCUCAGUGGCCCAGGACUCUGAGCAGUCAUUUGCAGAUACAGACACAGUCACGGAGGGCCAAGAACAACCUUCUCCUGAAACUGAGAUGAUGGUGACCUCAGCUUUCCUACUGCUGGAAAAACAACGUGGCGGCAUCCGACUAGCAAAUGGGAACAGCAGCUGCCAAGGCAGAGUCGAGGUCCUCUAUGGGGACACCUGGGGGACCGUUUGCGACGACGACUGGGAUUUCCCCAAUGCCCAGGUGGUCUGCCGGCAGGUGGGCUGCGGCUCGGCACUUGUGGCCACCGUGCUGGGCUACUUUGGCUACGGCACCGGGCCCAUCCUUCUGGACAACGUGGACUGCGCUGGCACCGAGGCGGACUUGGCCGACUGCUUCAACCUGGGAUGGGGGCAACACAACUGCAGGCACCACGAGGACGCCGGCGUCAUAUGCAGCGGUGCAGAAGAAUCCGGAGAGCCCUUCCAAGAAGACCCUUUUGCCAUGCCCCCUUCGACCACCACAGGCCCCAAGGAUGGUUUCCUGCGCCUGGUCAAUGGCAGCCACCGCUGCGAAGGGCGGGUGGAGAUGUUCUAUCUCUCUCAGUGGGGGACGAUCUGCGAUGAUGCGUGGGAUGUCAAGGAUGUGAAAGUGGUCUGCCGGCAGCUCGGCUGUGGGGUUGCCUUGGCCGCCUCAGGGGAGGCCCAUUAUGGCCAGGGCACCGGCUACAUCUUCCUCGACAACCUCAAGUGCAAAGGGGAUGAGACAUCCCUGCUGCGUUGCUCCCACAUCCGCUGGAACGUCCACAACUGCGACCACUCGGAAGACGCCGGUGCCCUCUGCAAACUCCGAUGA